AUGAUUGGUGGUAUUAAUAUGCUGGCUGGUGUGAACACCGGAAUUUUCAAAGUCUUUUCGGUUGGAAACGCGGUCAGGUUUUUUUCGAAAAAAACCGAGCCGUCAAAAUUGACGAGUCCGUUGAAGUCGAUCAUCAAUCAAUACAAAACAGGGAGCAUACGUUUACCGUUUAGAAGAUCAACGUUAUUGAUGAAAAGGUUUGUAUGUUAUGACGUAUGCUCACCCCCUUUGAUAGGCCACUAUCCGCGUCCCGUUUUUCUGAUUCUUUUCGGAUUCUGUAGGAACGGAAACCUUGUGUAACUUGGAAAACCGUUCGGCGGACGGUAGUGCAUUUUAAAUGUGUAUAAUUAAAACAAAAUAAUAAAUAUUCAUUAACAGUGACGCAACUUGGAUGUAAUUAAUAAUAAUAACAUCCUCUCUUCCCACCAACAAAAUUUGAGAUUUGUUUGCGAAUCCGUAAUUAAUAGUAUUUCUUAAAUUGAAUAACAGUGAUUUUAAAAAUUGAAAGUUACGUGUUUUGGACUUAAAUUUAGCGUGUAGCGUAAGAACUGUAAUUUAUAUUUUAUUUAAAAUUUAUUUAUCUCGGAAGGCGCUUAUUUUUGUGUAACUAAAAAUUUACCAAGAUGUUCAUAUUAAAAUAUGUGGAUUUUUCGACUAUGGUACUGUGUUUGAAACAUGUUUGCAGAUUCCCAACAGAAUAACUGAACAAUUUAAAACAGUUCACAACAAAAUGACGAUUCAUUGAUUUUCUUUCGUUGAAUUUUGGGUUAUAAAAUAAGGGAAAUAAUCUUUUGGACCGUAUGAUGCGGCUGGCUAAGGAUUCAUCAAAACUGAUAGAAUUAGAUUAGGUAUUGAUUUCUUUAAUAAAGAAAUAGAAAUAUCUAAUGCGUUGUAUUAUUAUUAGUUUUUCUUUCUCUUUUAUUACCAUAAUUAUAAUAUACACUUUUGUAUUUGUAUUUGUAUUACUUAUUAGAAUUAAAAUACGUGUUGAACCGUUGUAAAGGAAUCCACCAGUUAAAAAAAAUAAAUAAAUAAAAUCAUUUUAUUAUUCUAAUUAAUUUAUUAAUACUUCGUAUCUGUAGCAUGCUGAUAAAAAUAUGGGACAGUGGCGAGAUCAAAAGGGAACCGAUGCCAAAGUAUAUUUCCCUGAAAACCGGUCUUAUACUUUUGAGUAUUGGAUUUUCAAAACCGAUUUUCGAAAAAGUCUUGGCGGAUACGCCGAGCUCAAAUAUUCCAAUUGAUUUAGGAACGAAGAUUUUACCGAUGUGCAAUUUCGUAUCUGGAUGGGCGGCGGGUUAGAACGAUUAUUUGAAAUGUACUAAACAACAACCAUACUAUUGACCGAUUGUGUGUAUUUUAAUUUAUAGGAGUCGUCUCUUUGCUUGUUAGCUAUCCGAUUGAUACGGUUAGAGUCGUACAGCAAGUGACCAAUACUGGUGCAGUGAAAUGUAUUCGGCAUAUUUACAAGGAACACAAGGUAACAGAUGCAAAUUGACUGGAUUGUUGUUUUUAUUAUUACCAGCCAAUGGCAUCGGCAUAUUAAUAUAAUUCGGUGUAGAAUACAACUAAUGGGGAUAAUGUAACAUAUAUGUUGUUAUACAGACAAUAUUAUUGGAUAUUGUUGGGAUAUUGAUAAAACGAAAUAAAUAAACGAACUAAUUAAUUACGUAAUGUUUACUUUUUUUUUUUUUCUAAAGUUUGCAGGGUUUUACAGAGGAAUGAUUGUUCCGUUUUUGUGUACGGGUGUUGUGAAAUCGGUGUCGUUCGGAACUAAUGGCUGGACAAUGCGGUUAAUUCAAAGCUACCGCGGUACGGACGAUAUAAACAUCCGGUAUUGUUGCGAUGCGAACAACAAUAUGAACCAACUAAAUUGGCAUUUCGAUAUGUUUGUGGCCGGGGCCACCGGUGGAUUUUUUGCCACUGCAAUAAGUGCACCGUUCGAAGUCGUCAAAUUAUUACUACAAGCAUCCAGUACACAAAACGCGACAUAUUCAUUUAGUUGUUUAAUUGUUUCAAUUAAAUACGAAUAUUUCAGAUAUAUCGCCAAAACUCUUGAAAAUGAUUAA